AUGAGGCUUGUGCGCCACUUCGCAAAAAUCUACGCACUUCUGGUGGGCAUCCAGGAAUUUGAUCCGGAAAUUGUCGCGGCAGUGCUAAACAGUGAUCACCAGUCGGCUUCCGAUUUGGACUCCAGCCAUCCCGCCUUGCCAGAAUCGUACCGGAAAUUAGUGAAGAGGGGCCUGGCUGACACCGAUAGCUUCUACUCUUUUGUUGAGCAACAGCAGCGUGGGCGCGAGCGUCUUGAGAAGUUGUUGAGUGACAUUAUUGAGGCCGAGGAACCCACAAAGAGUGUUGCACUACCUGUCUUGCUUGUCUCCGAGGUCUUUACGCGCCGAUACGGGAUGAAG